CUCGAUGAUGGCGUAUCCCUUUCUGGUCUCACAACCAAUCAAGGUGUGGCAGACAGGGCGUACUCGCAUAGCUACGAGAUUCGGCUCCAGACUGCAGCACUCCCGCUCCUCUGCCGGAGUGGAGGAUGGAUAUGAAACUCACUGCCAGCCUCUCGUGGGUUGUUCGUAGUGUUAUAUUUCGACGAGAAUGACCGGACAAGCAUUACCAGCAACGCAAUCCGUGGAGAUGCCCUCAACAGCCAGUGACGAUGUCGUCUAUCCGCUCUUUAUGCUCGACGAUACGAAGACUUUGCGCGGAAUUGUGGUGACAUGGACACUUCACUUCAAUGAUGUCCUAGAUCCUGCGAAACUCCACAACGCGCUGACAGCGCUGCUCAAGAUUGGCGACUGGCGCAAAAUUGGUGGCAGAUUGCGAAUGAGGACAGACAGCAGGCUGGAGAUCUGCGCUCCUCGAAACUUCACUCCAGAGCGAUCAGCUAUCACUUAUUCACAACAACGUUUUGACUUGAAUAUCGAGGACCAUCCGCUCGCAAGGACACUGCCGAAAGCGACGAAGACAUCUUCAGUCCAGGUCGGCCCUGAUGACUUCCGAUCAUUCGCAGCUGGGCCAAGCGCGCCAACAACACUGGCUGACUUCCUCGACAAGGACAAGCCCUUGCUGUCGAUGCACAUUACCUCCUUCAGCGACGCUACUUCCGUCGGACUUUCUUGGCCUCAUGUUCUCAUGGACAUCAUGGGCCAGCAGGCUCUCGUGCGUGCCUGGUCUCUGGUUCUCGCUGAGCGUGAAGCAGAGGUACCGCAGUGCAUCGGCGCCCACGCGGAUGCCAUUGCCGAAGCCGCAUCCUCGCCAGCAUCCACGGUAGAAGAAUAUGCGCUGGGGAAGCUUAGAAUGGGCGCAAUCGGCAUGAUCAAGUUCGGAGCACGCUUCGCUUGGGACUUAUUAUGGAACACUGCUGUCGAGACGCGCACUGUGUGCAUUCCUGCUCAAGCGAUGUCUCGGCUCUACAGCGAAGCACAGCAGAGCCUUGCCACAUCAGCUGCCGGCACAGGAAAUUCGUCCACACCUUUCGUCAGCGAAGGCGACGUCCUCACAGCUUUCUUUGCACACCAAGUCGUCUCGUCAUUGAAACAGCCUCGACCAGUGACGAUACUCCACGCACUCAACGCACGAUUCCGACUACCAGCUCUCAAAGCCAGCAAAGGCGUCUACAUCCAGAACAUGGCCGUUGCAGCAUGUGCCUAUCUGAGCGCCGAUCUUGUCCAAGGACCGCUCGGACCCGCUGCUCUACAGAACCGAGCAACCUUACUAGAACAGGCCACAGAGCAUCAAGUCCUGGCGGCUCUCCGUGAACUGCACGAGCAGCAUCAGAAAAAACCAGGAGUCGAUCCAAACAUUUUAUCGGGCGACCCAAACGCAUUACUCAUGCCUUUUACGAACUGGACACGAGCGAAUCUGUUCGAAGCAGUAGAUUUCAGUCCUGCAAUAGUGCGAUCUAGCGAGAGCGGGCAAACGAGAUCGAAUCCUCCUGGAACGAUGGUAUACCACCAUGCCGCUUCCAUGCAGUCGAAUAGUGCGGCGAGGAACGUCAUUGUCGUGCUUGGGAAAGACCUUGCGGGAAACUAUUGGGUGACUGGAGUGCAGCUUACUACUGCAGCUUGGGCCAGAAUUGAGAACGCGUUGCAAGCGCUGGAGACUAAUUGAUACCCAGCGCUCAAUGUUUGCAGGCAUAGGGGAAGCCCGAGUGAGCUCCACUUCAU